AUGAAAGCCGGUGUUGUGCAAAAAGUGAUUUCUGAUGUUACUUGUUUUCCUUAACCGGCGUAGUUACACAGCUGCAUCCGGUUUCGUUUAUUCACACAAGUAUGCUGAUGAAAGUGGGUUUCUUUCCCACUAACCUAAGUUUAAAGCUCACUACGUGACUCGCGUCAGUUUACGUACGUUACAGUACUGUAUGUUUAGAAAUGAUAAUUUUAUGAGAAAUAGUUUUUAAAAGACAUCCUAGGAAAUAAAUGUCAUUAACCUCUGACUGCGGGGUGAAAUUCAAAAUUGCCCACUGAGUUUUUAUUAAACAGAUUUACAUAUUGUUGUAUUCCAUGGUGCCAUUAAAGCGAAGAAAAAUCGUUCCCUCGGAUACUGGGAAUACUGGUACUGACCACAGUGAAGCUGAAGUACCAAACAAGUUUCCUCAAGUUGUUUUGUUCCUGUUGGAAAGAAAAAUGGGAGCCAGCCGAAGAGCUUUCCUCUCUCAACUCGGACGGAAGAAAGGCUUUAAAGUGGAGGAACUUUUCAGUGAAAGUGUCACACAUGUUAUUUCUGAGAAUAACUGCAGCGCUGAGGUCAGGACGUGGCUGGAGUCUCAGGGAGGACAGAGCCUAGGAGUUCACCUCCUGGACAUCAGCUGGUACACAGAGAGUAUGCGUGCAGGCCAUCCUGUGGUGAUAACCGAUAGACAUAAACUGCAGGAGCAGCAGACCAAUGAUGUAGAGGUUGCUUUGUUCUCUGUACCCAGCUAUGCCUGUCAGAGACGGACCACUCUGGACAACCAUAACACCAACUUGACCGAUGCCUUGUCGCUUUUAGCUGAAAAUGCUGAGCUCAGUGAUGAGGAUGGACGAGGCGUCGCCUUUCGACGAGCUGCUGCUGUGUUGAAGGCACUGCCUGCACAGGUGACGAGCAUGUCACAACUCAGGGGGCUGCCUUGCCUCGGAGAACACUCACUGAGAGUCAUAAAAGAUGUUUUGGAGAAUGGAGAAUCAAGUGAGGUUGAGUCUACCAAGCAGUCAGAGCGGUUCAAAGCACUAAAGAUUUUGACGGGUAUUUUUGGAGUUGGAGCUAAAACUGCUGACCGAUGGAUCAGAGAAGGAAUAUACAACCUCCAACAGUUACGAGAUUCAGGACACGCACUCAAUCAAGCACAAAAAGCAGGUCUGGAGCACUACAAUGACCUCAACCAGCCGGUCACUAAAGCAGAAGCAAAUGCCAUUGGGGAGAUUGUGCAGAAAGCCGUCAUUUCUGUGUUACCAGGAUCACACAUCGCUUUGACCGGAGGAUUUAGGAGAGGGAAGCUGACAGGCCAUGAUGUUGACUUUCUGAUAACCCACCCAGAGGAAGGCAGAGAGGUGGGACUGAUGCCUAAAGUGGUCUCCUGGUUGGAAUCACAGGGUUUUCUGUUGUACCAGAAAACUACAAGAAACUCUUACCUGGAAUCGAAGGACGGCCCUGCUCGACCUGCCUCCAACAUGGACCGCUUUGAAAGGUGUUUCUCCAUCUUUAAACUGACCAAAGGGGAGGAACAAGGAACCACACAGCCAGAGAAGAAUGGGGUGCAAACCAAGGACAGUCUCAGACCUCACUUGAAGGCAGACACAGAUCAAAAUCAACAAUCACAGUUAUGCCAACUCAGUAAGGAUUACCUGAUGAAAGCUGCAUCAGGCAGACUGUGGAGAGCUGUGAGGGUGGACCUGGUGGUCUCUCCAAUCAGCCAGUUUGCUUUUGCUGUGCUGGGCUGGACAGGAUCCAAGUUGUUUGAGAGAGAGCUGCGACGUUGGGCUGGGCACGAGAAGGACAUGUCCCUGAGCAGCCAUGCCGUGUUUGAUAAUAAGCAGAAUAGAUAUCUGAGAGCUACAUCAGAGGAGGAGAUAUUCGCUUAUCUUGGCCUGGAGUAUAUCCCUCCAUCAGAGAGAAAUGCUUGAAGAUACCAGAUAAGCUCCUACAGAGCAUGCAAGCAAGAACUGGAGGGUUCUUGCCAUUUAUGUUUCUGUGGUGCGGGCUACAUCAUAGCUCACAGUUACUAUGUAAUUACUAAGAAAAUAUAAAACUGAACUCAAAGGUGGCACCCACUCAGCUGACUGAAACUUUCACAUGAACACAGUUCAUUGCGGUACCACUGAAGUUUUAUUUACUGAGGUCCACUGAAUCAUUUCAAUUGCAUAAACUUUACAUUAUAACAAAAGUUUUUAAAAAUGUUUUAAAUGUGCGUACUCAACAAGAUGACAUAACUUCAUCCGAAUAUCAGUGUUUGCUUAGUUUCAGCCACUGGCAUGAAUUUGCUGCUACAUGUGUAACAUGAGUCUGUUUGUUUUUAUGCUCUAAACUGUGCACAGCUUAUAUUCUUAUAUUUUGUAAUAAAAAUGUGCGAUCCUAUGGGCAGUGCAAAAUUCUAUCUACAUUUCAUGCCAAUCAGUGGUGUAUGUAAAGUUUACAUAAAUCUUACAUAAAAUUUACAUACAUUUUACAUAAAUGAGGCAUGAUCUACGGCUUUUAUUUGUCACUGUGAUGAAGCAGGUGUUAAUCUAUAUUUUCUGUUCCUGUGAUGUUAGUUUUGUUACUUUUGAAAUUAAUAUUACAGCAGGAUAAACAUACAUCAGAAAAAUGAAAAAUCGGGCACCAGGGUGGCUCAGGGCAUGAGCAGGCGACCAUAUAUACUGCAUGGCAGUGCGGUCGGUGCAGGUUCGAGUCUCGACCUGUCGACAUUUGUCACGUGUCUUCCACGUUUCUCCUCCUGUCUCUCUCCACUGCUAAAAACUGUUGAAUAAAGCCGUAAAAAAAUUCAAACAACAAUGUGGCAAAUUAUUUUAAUGACAUAAAAUAGUUUCAAAUGUUAAGUUUGCCAGUAAUGACAUGUUUAAUAUGUAAUAUUGGGAACAAAAUGUUUUUAUUAGUAACUUGGGAGAUUUAAAUAUGAAUUAAUGUAAAGUUAAAAUAAAUCAAAGAAGACUAAGCGAGAGGAAAAUGUUGCUUUUAAUUUUCAGUUCUCAGUUGUCAGUGGGCUGCAGCAGGAACUUCCUGUAGUUGUAUUGUAGCUAUAGCUUCUGUUGUUUGAAAGUU